AUGGUGGCGUGUUUCGACGAUGGCGUAAACACUGCAGCUUUCGGGUUCAACUUGUACGUCUUCGGCUCUUUCUUGGUGUGGUCUUGUUGUUUCUUUAAAAUCUCGUCCUGCUUCAUCUUAUCUUUGGCCAAAAUUGGUAACAAGUCCUGUGGCAUCUUAUGCGGGAUCUUGAAGUUGGCACUAAACUCACGCAACGAGUUGAUCUCACUCUGCGCAUUCAACCUAAACGAUUCAUUUGGCACCGGCGGUUUCGGUGGUAUAGACUCGGGUUUCGCCUGUUUCGAACUAGAUACAAUCGCCGGAUCAUGGUGGUGGUGCGUGGUCGUACCCUGUUGUGCUGGUUUCGAAAUACUGGCAUUCCUUAACGCUGCCAUCAACUCGUCGCCUCUCCUAUCAACCCCAGAAUACUUGUCCUCCUCAUCUACCCCACUAUCAUCCACAACCACCCCUCUUUCCUCCAAAAUGUGUCGAUCAGUAGUGGCUUGCUGUUCAAUCUCCUUGGCAAUUCUCUCGGCCUUGGCAACACGUUCGUGGUAG